AGGUCUGUAUUUUAUCGUUAAUUCGUAUGAUAAAGGAUGCCUCGUUGGACUGAAGCACGUGACUUUUCUCCAAGAAGUGACAGAGUUAUACAGUCUCAGUCUAAGAGAAAGAGGAAGAAAUCGAGUUCUUCUGAAAAUGCUUUUUCUGGUUCAAAUGAUGACAGUAAGUCUCAUGGUAGAAAGAGACCAUAUACACCUCCAUCAGCGAGUGAUGAAGAGUUGCAUAGGUUUAUCCCAAACUCAGAGAGUGACCUGGUGAGAAAUAUAACUGAUCAGAGAAGAAUGAAACCAAGAGAACAGAAAAGAAAUCAUUUGCAUGAUCACAAAAAAGGUUCAGAAAGUGAUGAGGAUCAGCAUCUGCUAUUGCAUCCAGAGGCUGAUAACUCUUUUGAUAUUAGUGAUGAAGUUGUAAAGGAAUCGGCCACCAGAAAAGAAAAGCAACCAGAGAAAAUUAGAAGCAGAGAAGGUAAGGGUGAUGGAGAUAUUUCUAUGGAAAAGAGAGAUAAUCGAAAGAAUAACAGACAUAAAGACAUUGAACAUUCACACAGAAGAAACAGAUAUUCUCCACAAAAUAGAACAACUGGUAGAAGUAGAUUAUAUGAAGAGUCUGACAGAAAAAGGUAUGGUUAUAGAAAUAGAGAAGAAAGAAGACGUGCUAAUGAGCAUUCGGGUAGGAGAUACUGGCAGAGUGACGAUGAUGAUGAAAAUGAUAGACCAAGAGAGGGUGAAAAUCUUGAAAGUAGGGUUGUAGGACAACGUUACUGGGGUGGAGAUACUGAAAAUAAUGCUGAAAAGAAAAAAACAGAUGACAGAAAAAGACUGAGAAUGGAUAAUCAUGAUGAGGUUUCACAGGUAGGAAAGAAAGAUGAGGAUGUUCUGGCUCCCCCCAAAAAUAAAUCAGAACAAAAUUACUUGACGUCAAUGACUGCAGGUGCCUACAUUCCACCAGCAAGGCUGAAAAUGAUGCAAGCACAGAUUACAGAUAAAUCAAGCAUUGAAUAUCAACGAAUUGCUUGGGAAGCUUUAAAGAAAAGUAUAAUUGGUCUGGUCAACAAGGUUAAUGUCUCUAAUAUUGGUAUUAUUGUACGAGAACUUUUUCAAGAAAACAUUGUUCGAGGCCGAGGUCUUUUAGCUCGUUCCGUUAUACAGGCACAAGCAAUAUCACCUACUUUCAGCCAUGUGUAUUCUGCUUUUGUUGCAGUCAUCAAUUCUAAGUUUCCUCAAAUUGGAGAGCUCAUCCUCCGACGUCUUAUAAUCCAGUUUCGUCGUGGUUUUCGAAGAAAUGAUAAACAGCUUAGUCUCUCUUCUUCAAGGUUUCUUGCUCAUCUGAUUAAUCAGGAAGUGGCUCAUGAAGUGGUGGCUUUGGAAAUGUUGACCCUGCUUCUAGAGACACCAACUGAUGACUCGGUGGAGUUAGCUAUCAGUUUCCUCAAAGAGUGUGGGAUGAAGUUGAGUGAAGUCUCUCCACGUGGGAUCAAUGCCGUCUUUGAAAGAUUGCGGAACAUCCUGCACGAAAGUCAGCUAGACAAAAGAGUACAAUAUAUGAUUGAAGUCAUGUUUGCAAUAAGAAAGGAUAAAUUUAAGGAUCAUCCAUCAAGUAUAGAUGAUUUGGACUUAAUUGAAGAAGCUGAUCAGUACACUCACCUUAUUACACUUGAAGAAGCCACUAAUCCUGAAGACUUGUUGAAUGUUUUUAAAUUUGAUCCUGAAUAUGAGGCAAAUGAAGAAAAGUACAAAACAAUAAAAAUGAGUAUCUUAGGAGAAAACGUUAGUGGGUCAGAAGAUAGUGAUUCUGGAAGUGAAUCUGAUGAUGAGGAUGAAGAUGACGAAGAAAAUGAAGAAGAUACAGAAAUUGUGGAUAACACAGAGACAAAUCUUAUAUCACUUCGUCGAACCAUCUAUCUAUCCAUUCAGUCCAGUUUAGACUUUGAAGAAUGUGCUCAUAAGCUACUAAAACUGGAGUUUAAACCAGGGCAAAUAGUGGAGUUGUGUCACAUGAUUCUGGAUUGUUGUGCUCAGCGAAGAACUUAUGAAAAGUUUUAUGGUUUACUAGCACAGCGUUUCUGCCAACUAAAUAAAACUUAUGUGGAACCAAUGGAGGAAAUUUUCAGAGGCACGUACGAUACAAUCCACAGAUUUGAAACCAACAAGCUCAGAAAUGUUGCCAAGUUUUUUGCUCAUUUAUUAUAUACAGAUGCAAUAAAUUGGACGGUACUAUCACAUAUUCGACUGAAUGAAGAGGACACUACAUCAUCAAGUCGAAUCUUUAUCAAGAUCCUUUUUCAGGAACUUGGUGAAUUCAUGGGAUUGCCAAAACUAAAUGAAAGAGUGAAAGAUGCGACUCUACAAGAAGCUUUUGAUGGAGUAUUUCCUAGAGAUAAUCCUAGAAAUACAAGAUUUGCUAUUAAUUUCUUUACUUCGAUUGGAUUAGGAGGCCUGACUGAUGACCUGAGAGAACAUCUGAAAAACAUGCCCAAAACUUCAGUUGUGCCAGCCCCACAAGCUUCAGGUGAAAAGGAAGGAAGCAGUAGUAGUGGUGACACUAAAAGCUUGUCAAGUUCAUCCUCUGACUCUGAGGAAAGCAGUUCAUCAUCAGAAUCUGGUGAAGUGUCAUCAGGAUCAGAAAGUGAUGCAGAAGCUAGCAGCAGUGACAGUUCUUCAGAAUCAGAUUCAGGCAAAAAGAAACAAAAAUCGAAAAAAAAAGAAAAGUUUCAAAAAGGUUCUAACCAAAGAGAAAAUAACAAAGAAAGGGAAAAAUCACCAAAAGAACAGCACAAACAAUCUUAUCUAAGGAAAAAUUUGCAAGACAUGCAACUUGAGAAUCACAGUGGAAAGAACUAUAAUCAACCUAGAGAAUUAGAUGGUGGAAUAUUGAAAGAGAAAUACCGAAGACAGGAAAAAUACAUUAGGAACAGAAGAAGUGAAAGUCCUCAACUUAGAAACUAUCCUGAUGAAGUAAACCCCAAGUCCUGGGAUAAAACAAAUCACAGAAGAGAAGCAAGUAAAAAUCAA